UUUAGCGACUCAAACAAGGCAGGCGAAACUGAUAGCAGCUUACCGAUAUGGCAAAAUGUUACAGCAGCUUUGCUGCAACCGCUUUUUUAAUGUUCAUCGUGUUACAGCAGUGCGCUCUGCUUGCGCCGGUGAGCAGUGCAGCUGCUGAGUCAACAAGUACAGCGCUUUUGGAAAAAUUAGCACCAGAUCAUGUAUUCUUUCCUGAUGAAAUUAUGGCGAAGCGAGUUGAAUAUGAGGAUUUCUUAGAUCCAAUUUCGGGCGAGGAUGAAGAUGAAGAGCCUUACGAAAUUGCAGACUUUGCUAGUGUUUCUUCAGAGGAGGAGGAGAAUUUAUCUGCUACAACUGACACUGUUAUCGGUUAUGUGUUUUUUCCCUCAUCCGCAGAGUAUGUUUAUCACUGAAAGGUUCUCUGGAAAAUCAGCUUUUUAAUUGCAUGAUGGUAGUGUGUUUUUAGUAUAACUGUACAAAAGAAAGACUAUUUUAAUAAUGUUGUUAAUGAACUUGAGUAUGUAAUGUAUGUGUAAGCAUCUGGAAUAAUACUUCAAUAUAAAAGUGUAGAUUUUUUAAAUUUUUGCAAAAUUCUCAUUGUAUUUGCCUGAGUGCUCAUUGAAAAUAGCAUAGCGUAAAUAGCACAACGGAAAUUCUAUUCUAUUUUAAAAAGUUAAGCUAAAAGUUUGCACUAAAUGAAUGACCUCUAGGAAAAUCGAGCACUAUAUUUUUGGUGAUGUGAACAAAUAUUUGAAAAUAAAUUGUUUCUCUUUUUUUGGCUGUUUCGAUAGUGUAUACUGUUUAAGCCCCAUACUAACACUUUAAAUGAAUAUUUAAAAUAUAUUUUGAGUUAACAGUUUGAGCCUAAUGUGUAGCCGCCUUUUGCAAUCAACGCUAUCAUUUUAUCUUCAAACGCGCACACAUUUUUCAAACAAAAUUUUGACAGACAAAUACACCUAUUUUUGACCUUUUGGCCAUUGUGAAGACAAUAUAGUAUCUUCUAGAAAAAAUUACUUACCUGUAGCAGUGGAGAAUCUCUUUCUAGUGCCAUGAGAGAUGGCGUAUAACUCGAAAAAAAUUGAAUUUUUCUUAAUAAUCUUACCAUAUAUGCUUAAAAUAAAUGUAAAAUAUCCUUAAAACUAAAAUAACUGAUACAUUAGUUACUUUUUUUGAAUAUACAAGCAUCGUAUUUUUUAGGCGUGCUCCUUACAUGUUCAACUCUACUCUAGUGAUAAUAAAUAAUUUAGCUUCUAUUUAAGUGCAAUAACGUUCAUUAUAUUUUUUCAAUGUACGUUACCUUGCUUUAUUGAACAAAAAUUUCCUACAGAGAACAUUGACAACUAAGUCUUGAGCCUCAAAAGCGAUGUUGCAUUUUUAGCAUUUUAAUUGAAAUCGCUCAAGUGGUUUUAUCGAACUUAAAAUAGUUGCAUAUUUCAAAGCUAAAAUUUUCAUGAUAUUAGGAGGAAUUAUAAUCUUUGCACACUGAAUUCUAUAUAUAGACUUCAAAUGAAUAUUUUUUUAGCAGUGCUAAUGGAAGCUGCGCUGAGCUCAGUUUACUAAGCUUUGAAUUUCAUUGUUAAUAUUUUCACAAUUUAGCAUCAUUUUAGAAAUUGGAAAACACGUUUGAUGAGUAUAUGGGUUUCCAGACGUGUACUCAGACAUGCACUUAAAUGCCUAUACAGUAUAUAACAAAAUGCUUAUGUAAUAAUACAUAAAUAUAUAUGUACAUAUAUACAAAUGAAUGGAAAUAAGAUUAAAGCAAGUUUGUGAUGAAUGUAUCUGAAAAAAAAACAUAUUGUAGCGAAUACUUAAAAAUACCGACCAGCAUUUGAGAGAGUGCAGGGAAAGCAGAGUUUUAUAUAAAUAAGUAUAAUAUGUAAUAGUAAAUAUGAGUAGUUAAGUAUUUUUGUGAAUAUGUACAUAUAUGUGCAAACACUUGCAAUUUCCUUGAUUCAUAUUUUAUUCACAUUACAUCCUUAAUGAAGUGCAAGUUAAGUGGAUUAAAUAAACUAAUUGGAUGUUGGCUGCAUUCAAAGUGACCUAUUGACCGGCCUUUGUCAACUUA